AUGACGGCGUCGGAGGAGCCGAGAAAUGUCUUCAAGCUGAGCCGUGAUUGGCUGUCUGUACAGGAAGUGGUGGAUGCCGUCAGCAGCGCUUCCUGUGGAGCCAUUUCAGUUUUUAUAGGUACGACCCGUGAGGACGAGUGUGACGGCAGGAAGGUGAUUGGUUUAGAGUACGAGGCGUAUGAGCUAAUGGCCCAAUCAGAGUUCAGGAAGCUGUGUGAUGACAUCAGAGCGCGCUGGCCAACCGUGACGCACAUCUGCGUCCACCACCGCCUCGGGUGGGUGAAGGUGGGCGAGGCCAGCGUUGCCAUCGCGAUCUCGUCUCCUCAUCGCCACGACGGCCAGCAGGCGAUCCAGCACUGCAUCAACCAGCUGAAAGCCAGCGUCCCCAUCUGGAAGAAGGAAGUUUACGACACGCAGGAGGCGAGCUGGAAGGAGAACGCUGAGUGUCCCUGGACCGCUGCCCGAGACCCCCACCCUGCCAAUCAAUAACCAAUGAUCAAUGAUCAAUGAAUUUCAGUCUGACAUGUUGGUGGAAAUAAACUGAAGGUUAUUAAUAAAA